AUGGAGAAGCAGCAGGCUGAUCUGUACCACCUGUACAUGACCAAGCUGACUAAGAAGGCAGACAAGGUCUGCAUGGAUCCCAAGGUUUCAGGCCAGCACUCUGGGCACUCGGACUGUGUCAUCAAAAGAGAACAGGAGAAAUGCAUGGAAAAGAUCACAUCAGACGAUCCAGGAAAUGAUCCAGAAUUUGGGUGCCCGUGGAUGUGGGACAACCUGACAUGCUGGCAGCCUGCCAGGGUGGGUGAAGUGGUGGAGGUCAACUGCCCUGAACUAUUCUCCGAGUUUAUGAGCGAGGAGGACUAUGAGCUGGGGAAGGUGAGCCGUAAUUGCACAGAGGUUGGCUGGUCAGACAUCUUCCCCCACUAUGUAGAUGCCUGCCUUUUUGAUGAUGGCAACAGCAGUCAUCCGGACAUGUACUAUGUGUCAGUGAAGGCUCUGUACACGGUGGGCUACAGCACCUCUCUGGUCUCCCUCACCACGGCCAUGGUCAUCCUCUGCAGGUUCAGGAAACUGCACUGCACCAGGAACUUCAUCCACAUGAACCUGUUUGUGUCGUUUAUCCUGAGAGCCAUCUCUGUCUUCAUCAAGGACGGCGUUCUUUAUGCCAAGGAGGACAGCGACCACUGCUUCAUACACACGGUGGAGUGUAGGGCUGUGAUGGUGUUCUUCCAUUAUUGCGUCCUUUCCAACUACUUCUGGCUGUUUAUUGAGGGUCUGUAUCUGUUCACCUUACUGGUGGAGACCUUCUUCCCUGAGAGGAGAUAUUUCUACUGGUAUAUCAUCAUUGGCUGGGGGACCCCCACAGUCUGUGUGACCGUAUGGGCUGUACUGAGGCUGCACUUUGAUGACAUAGGGUGUUGGGAUAUGAAUGACAAUGCGGCCAUCUGGUGGGUGAUAAAGGGACCUGUGCUGGCAUCAAUCAUGAUCAAUUUUGUCCUCUUCAUUGGCAUCAUCGUCAUCCUUGUCCAGAAGCUGCAGUCACCAGACAUCGGUGGAAACGAGUCCAGUAUUUACCUGAGGCUGGCCCGUUCCACUCUGCUGCUGAUUCCUCUGUUUGGGAUCCACUACACUGUGUUUGCUUUCUCCCCUGAGAAUGUCAGCAAAAGGGAGCGUCUGGUGUUUGAGCUGGGCCUUGGUUCCUUCCAGGGCUUUGUUGUGGCUGUCCUCUACUGCUUCCUUAAUGGAGAGGUGCAAUCGGAGAUCAAGAGGAAAUGGCGCAGCUGGACGGUGAACAGGUACUUUGCUGUGGACCUGAAGCACCGGCACCCUUCGUUGGCGAGCAGUGGGGUGAAUGGGGGAACGCAGCUGUCCAUCCUCAGCAAGAGCAGCUCUCAGAUCCGCAUGUCCAGCCUGCAGGCAGAGAUCCCAGCCACCUGAACAACAGCCAGGAAGAAGCCACGGCCGGUAACAGCGCUGCCUUCGCAACUGGAUCCGACACUACCGACACCACUACUAAGCCCAUUCACACCUCAUUACCUAUGACCAGCCUCACCAACCCAUUU